UAAAAGCGCCGCAGAAAAUGUCUCAUUCUUAUUUUGGAAUCAUAGGUAGGAGAUACAAUUGGGAGAUGUUCUUUUCACCUCACCUGCUGUAAAAUAGUUUAUUCUAAGUCACCUGAAAGGCUAAAUGCAGGGAAAACGGAAGUUCAACCGCCUCAACGUCGACGCAGUUGUUCAAAGAUAGUGAGCAGUAGUGCAUCAUUGUCUUUGUAAAUGCUACGGUCAACUUUCGUAUGUAAUUAUUUUUUUUUUUACAUAACUAUAGUACUUUCAACGAGAGCUGAGUGAACACAAAAGGGGAGAAAUGUUUUACCAUAUAUCAUUGGAACAUGAAAUUUUACUUCACCCAAGGUACUUUGGUCCCAAUCUCUUAAAUACCGUGAAGCAGAAGCUUUUUACUGAAGUGGAGGGUACAUGUACCGGAAAGUAUGGCUUUGUCAUCGCAGUCACUACCAUUGACAACAUCGGGGCAGGAGUGAUCCAGUCGGGUAGAGGGUUUGUUUUGUAUCCAGUCAAGUACAAGGCAAUUGUGUUCCGGCCAUUUAAAGGGGAGGUGGUGGAUGCUGUAGUGACUCAGGUUAACAAGGUCGGUUUGUUCACAGAAAUUGGACCCAUGUCAUGUUUCAUCUCCCGUCACUCCAUUCCCUCAGAAAUGGAGUUUGAUCCCAACUCUAACCCACCAUGUUAUAAGACAGUUGAUGAGGACAUUGUGAUCCAGCAAGAUGAUGAGAUCAGGCUGAAGAUUGUGGGAACGAGAGUCGACAAAAAUGAUAUUUUUGCUAUUGGAUCCCUCAUGGAUGACUAUCUAGGUCUUGUGAGCUGAUCUGCAUUGGAUGAACUGUUGUCUCUGUGUUUUUUAAGUGGCGAUUGGGCCUCAUUAAAAUGUUUUCGUUUUUUUAAUACAUCAUAGAUCAUUAUUGUUUGAUCGUGUUAUUAGCAAUCCACUUCUAUUCCCGUAAUCACUGAUAAGUCACUUUAUUUUUAGGAUUCAGGUUUUUGGGGGGGGUUGGUAAUGGAGCCACUCAAAUGUGUAUUUUUUUUUUAUUUUGUGUUACGUAUUUGUUAGGUAUGGUUUACUGAAGUUAUUGGCAACCUGCUUCUAUUUCCAUCACUGUGAUAAGUAACUUUAUUUUUAGUUUUCUGGUCUAUCUAUUGUUCAACAGUGUAUUGUUUGAUUUUUUUUUAUUUUUAUUUUUUAUGAAACAUGGGACAUAAAAAGUUUUGUUAUA